AUGGGGCUUACUCACUACCAUGACCAGCGCGCCGACAUUGGCCAAGGUGCUUCUUCAAUUUCUCAAAAGAUGGCCUCUUCAUCAUCCCACAUCUUUCGCCGACUAGCCAGGAGAGAAAACUGCAAGGACGACAACAGCUGCGCACAAUCAUCCGUUUCUAAUAGUCUGGUCCUCCCUAUCGUAGUCGCCAUCAUAAACAUGAAGAAACAGAUGUUGGAGGAUGCCCACGACCCUCACAAGAGCCUGGACUUCGGACUGGGAGAUGAGGGCGGUGCCAAGAAGUCUGCCCGCCGAAGUAUCUUUAUGGGAGGGGGUGAGAAGACCCUCGCUCAUAAACCCAGUCAGCUGUCGAUGGAUAUGAACCUCUCAUCGCCUUACUUGUUGCCUCCGGGCCUCCAGGAAUCGCGCGAGUCGCUCAACUCUCUGGCUAAGUCGUUGGGAAAUGAUAAUCAGGACCCUUACCAGUAUGUUGCAGCCAUUACGCAAAGCGAGACCGGCUCAUUGCGAUCCUUCAAUCCCAAGGAUUCCCAUUCGCGCAAUACUAAAUUUAACAGUCCCCGUAACUCGGGUAAACCUGGAAGUCUCAAGAUGCCUCCGUCGCGCAUGAACUCCCUGCCUGAGACACCAGUCUCAGCAACUGAAUCCAGAGUUGAUCCUUUCGGCACUCCCAAGAUGCCUGCGCCAGCUCACCCAGCCAAGUCUCCUUUUGAUUCUGAGAAGGAUGCCUUCCACCCUGCUCCUAUCGUUCCUGAGAUCGGAGUGGUUUCCGACUUUGAUGAGAAGAAUGCCGUACCCUCUGUUCAACAACCUCCUAUCGCGCGAUCCAAGACACCCGAUUUCGAGUUGCCCAACUUCUCACAGGAGCCUGCUACCGACUUCCCUCUGCCUCCUGCUCGUGAGCACGAGGCAACUGGUCUGGGUUUGAACUUCUCUCUUCCUCAGCCCAAGUCUCCAACCGUCUCUUCUCCCGAAGCUCCGAAAUCCGCUCCUCUUGCUCCUAACCGACAGAGUGAAGUUUCCGACUAUGCUGCCGCUGACAUUUCAAGCUACUAUGAGGACCAUGAUGAUGACGCCCGCGGUGGUGCUCCCGCUGCUGCUCCCGCUCCCCGUGCCGCCCCCAAGUACUAUGAGGAUUAUGAUCAAGGAUAUAUGGGUGGUGACCAAGCCUACUUCGACCCUGAGACAAACGCAUUCGUCAUGCCCUACGCCCAGCCUGUUACUCGCCGUGCCAUGACACCUCCUCCAGCAGGCCGCCGUCCUGGCCCCGGUCGCCCAGGUCCCCGCCCUCGUGGCCCUAACGGCUCUAUCGGUGGCAUGAGCUUCCACAGCGGUCCUGGAGGACGAUCUCGUGCUGGCUCUGCCCUUGGUCCUCGCCCUGACUCUUCGGCCUCCGCCAGAAUGCGACAGCCUCCCAUGAAGAGGAUGCCUCCUCCUGCGCCUCUGACCACUCUGCCCACUCCCUCAAAGCUUCGAGAUGACAACUCUUUCCUCAUCAACGCCGCAGACUUUGCUCCUCCUAGCAACAUUCGCGACACAGCAGCCGGCCGUUCUCAAAGCCCCUUCGGCGAGAGACGUGCUUACUCUCCCUCUGUUCCUGCUGCUCAGACUCUGGUCUCGCCCUUUGAGGAGCUCUCUGCCCUUCCCAGCCCUCAUUCCCUCCGCAAGUCUAGUACCUUCACUGGUCUCGACUUUGCGCCUCCCAAGAGGUUCAAGGAUUCCGACAACAUGAGCGAUGCCGGAAGUAUCAGGAGUAACCGCAGUGGCAUGUCUCAAGCCCAGCUUGGAGCCAUCCGCAACGGAGCUGGACGUGUCAGCCGACUGCCCGGCGACCAAGUGUUCACCGCUGAUGCACUACAAGACACGCUGAAGCCAUCUUGGGGAAUCCGACCUUGA